AUGGGGCUUGCUGACUUACGGGGCCAUCAGUGGGUGGGAAUCCUGCUUGCAGCCUCGCUUUUGACCAUGUGGAGUCUACCAGCUGCAGCCCAGUUCACCGCCGGUGCCAACCCACUGACCAUCACCCAAGAACUGCUGUCCAGGCCCACCAUUCUGAUCAGCCAGGCCGUUACCAUAGAACAGAGAGAAGAGGUGACCCUCUACUGCGACACCAAGGACGCCAACGUUACCAUCCGCUGGUUCUCCAGCGAUCUCCUCCUCAUGUUCCAUGAGCGCAUGCUGCUGUCCACAGACAGCAAGACCCUCACCAUCCUGCCUGUGCAGCAGGAGGAUUCCACGCCUUACAGAUGCCAAGCUCAGGGUUUCCACCAGGCCCAGAGCAGUGAUCCUGUCCUCCUGACUGUGCCCUAUGGUCCUGACCCAUUCGAGAUCAAGGUGGAUUCUGGUGUAUCCAGCGGGGGAGUGGUUGAGGUGACAGAGGGCUCCACUGUGACCUUCUCUGUGGAAACACCCUCUCACCCACCUCCUGACUAUUCCUGGUUUUUCCACAAUAAUUCCACCCCAUCUUCCACCAAGAGAACGGUCACCAUCCAGGCUGUGUCCAUGGAACAUGAAGGCAUGCACAGGUGCCUGGUGUCCAACAGUGACACCCACCUGCUCCGCAUGGCUGCUCUUCAAGUCCGAGUCCUUGAAAUGCUGCCCAAGCCUCACAUUGUGUCCUCAAGCCUGACUCCCGUGGAAAAUGCCAGCUCCGUGAUGCUGACCUGCCAGACCUCCCGCAAGGUGACUGCAGUCCUGUGGUUCCUGAGGGGCCAGGCCCUCCGGCCGAGCGAGCACCUGAAGCUGGCCGGCAACUGGAGCCUGGUCAUCCAUGGCCUCCAGCGAGACGACACGGGCCCCUAUGGGUGCGAGGUCUGGAGCUGGGGCAGCCAGGCGCGAAGGGAGCCCCUCACGCUCACCAUCGGCUAUGGCCCAGAUCAAGUGGACAUCCCCAGCAGGGCGGCGUCUGGGGCGGUCGGCACUAUCCAGGCAGAGCUCAACUCCAGCCUGACCCUGCAGUGUCAGGCAGAGUCCCAGCCGGCCGCUAAGUUUCACUGUACCCUUAGGCACUCCACUGCUGUGUAUGUGGGGGAGCAGCUAAUCAUCGAGGCCCUGACCUGGGAAUAUGAGGGCAUCUACAACUGCACGGCCUCCACCGUGAUGCACCUGGCCCGCUCUGCCUCCGUCCUGGUCAGAGUGGCAGGUCCCAGGUCUUCCCUGUCUGCAAGAGUCAUUGCUGGCAUUGCCCUUGGGAUCCUGACUCUCAUUACCCUAUCCACAGGGCUGGGCUAUUUCCUCUGCAACAGAAACGCCAGACGGUUCUCAAGCAAAAAAGCGGAGGACCCCAUCAAGGAGGGAGCAACACCCACCUCUGCAGAGGGGCCCUGUGCAGUGUACUGUUCUAACCCAGGCUGGCAUUCCCUUUCUCUAGAUUGGCCGAGGCCCAUGUAUGCCAACUUACCUGAACCUGAAGGACAGUUUGGAGUCAAAAAGAAGGAUCUACCAUCAGCACCCCCCAGGAACUAUUCUCACAGCCCCAGAAAACCCCUGCCCAAAGUUGCUGUGGAUCCACCGGUCCCCACGCUCCCAAAAGGAAAUAUAGAGUCAAACUAUGAGGAGCUGCACUCGACUCCGUCUCCUCAUGCCUGA